AUGGCGAGAACAAAGCAGACAGCAAGAAAAAGCACUGGAGGAAAAGCACCAAGAAAACAGCUGGCAACUAAAGCAGCAAAGAAGAGCACAACACCCGCAGUAGGUGGAAGCAUUAAAAGGCCCCACAGGUACAGAGCCGGAACAGUAGCCCUUAAAGAAAUCCGAAGGUACCAAAAAACCACUGAGCUUCUCAUAAGAAAGCAACCUUUCCAGAGAAUGGUAAGAGGUAUAUGCCAAGACUUUAAGUCAGAUUCAAGAUUCCAAGGAAGCGCACUUGCAUCUUUACAAGAGGCAACAGAGGCAUUCAUUAUCGGACUGUUUGAAGAUGCCAAUGACUGUGCUAUCCACGGCAGAAGAGUUACUGUAAUGCCUAGGGACAUACAAUUGGCUAUGAAAAUCCGAGGAAGAUACAGACCUUAA